AUGGAGCUGUGGCAGAUCGUGGGCGGCGGCGAGGCGGGCGGCAUUUUGGUACGAAAGGGGCGGGAUUUGAAGUCUCCCGCAGAGGAGGAGCGCCUGGCUAAAGGUUCGGAGGUGCAACAGCUGGAGCUUGCAGGGGAUCGGCUGCGGUACCGUCUCCAGUCUGGCAGUGGACCUGCGGAAGGAUGGAUCAGUAUCCGGAUCUCAGGCAAGGAGUUGGCCACGCGAGUCUGGCGUGCAGGCGAAGAGCCUGCUUGGAUUCAGGAGUCUGCCAAGAAGAUGCAAGCCUUCCGCGAUGGAGCACAGGUCCUGCCGUCUCCGGUGCAGCUUCCGAAGCGGCUGGAAGGAGGGUCAGACCCUCGCAGUCGACUUCCACCGUUCAAGCGCUUGAGCCACAAAGAGAUGCAAGAGAUGUCCUUGAAGAAUCUGCCUGGGCACUUCUCGGCCAUGAAGUUUCCCCAUACCGCGGAGCAACUGAGAUCCUUUGGACCGAGCUGGUACACGGAUGCGUUCCACAAGUUUGGCACCCUUCCAGCGGACAACUACGUGACGAAAGUGGUCCAUGUUGAGCAGCUGCCACACUCGGGCUUCGAUGCAGCCGGAGGGGCUGGCCACAAGGCCUUCAUCGACCUGCAGUAUGCCAAGCCAGAUCCCAACCUGCACACCCAGCUCUUUGCCAAGUAUCCAUGGGAUUACUUUGAAUCCGAGACGGGCAAGCAGUACCGGAUGCAGAUCUCGACCUAUGGAGAUAUGGACUCCGCCGAGCUCUUGACCUCCAUUUGCUGUGAGCAUUUGUUUCCCUUUCGGAUCCCCAAGCUCUAUUUUGCGGACAUCAACCGCGAUACGACCAACUACGUCUUGACCGUUGAGCGCAUCAACUUUGGAAAGCGUGGAAAGGUUGUGAAUGGGAAGGUUGAGCCGAUUCAAAGGAAGCCCUUUGAGAUUUUGCCUGUUUGUGGGAAGUAUCAGGACUACCUGCUGGAAGACGCUCCCAGCGUCUACUAUGCGCUCUUCCGGGAGAUGGCUCACCUGGCUGCCUGGGACCACCAGGGACGCUAUGACUCCUUCUUCGGGGCAAUGACCAAGUACACGGAGAAGGAGUUCUUGGAGAGCCAGGUGAAAUCGAGGAAGGCUCAGAAGCAGAAGCGCUUUGAAGUUUUGACCAAUGGCUGCGCCACGAUGUUGGAGAAAGGCAUCGACUUCGCCACGAAUGUGGCUCCUCAAAUUUUCACCAAGGCCGGGAAGAACAAAGAGAAGCUCGAAAAAAUGCGAGAGGAAAUCACUGCCAUCGCCCCGCAUUUUGAUGAUAUUCGACUCUUUUUGGCGAGCUCUAGUGACUUUGUUGGUGCAAUGCACAUGAAUCUGCAAGCUGACAAUGCGUAUUUGUGGCACGACGAGCAUGGCGAUUUGGACGUGGGCAUCUUCGAUUGGUGUGGCUUUGGUCGAUCGCCCUUCGUGAUGAAUUUCAUGGGAUGCCUCAGUGGGGCAGAUGCAGAUCUGCUGGAUGCUCAUGAGGAAGGCUUGAUGAAGAUGUUUUGCGAUGAGUACGCGAGAUACGGAGGCCCCCGGAUCCAAGUGGAAGACUUGCUGUUGCGCUACCAUCUCCAGUGGCCAUCCUUUGCGAUGGAUGCUUGUCAGUGGGUGGAGCGUGAUAUCUAUCGAGAAUGCCCCAAGGAGGAGUGGCCCUCGAUCAAGACAAUGUUGGAUGAUCAGUUUGUGAACCGCUGGAAUGUUCGAUGCCGCGGGACAACCCUGGUGAAUGCCUUGGAAUUCUACCACAGGAUGUCAGUUGAGAAUUUGGUGAGCCUCCCAGAGCCUAUUUUUCAGCGAACCUUGAUCUUGCUGGAGAUCAAGAGUACCAUCUUGACGGAGAACAUCUCGACAGUGGCAUUGCUACCCUUGGAACGAAUGCUGGAUGUGGUUCGUCAUCAAUGCGCUCAGAUCUUCAAGUACACGAAUGCCCUUCAGGAAGAGGCUUCGAGCGAUGAAGAUGAGGAAGAGGAGGAUGAGGAUGAAGAUGAACCUGAGGAGAAAGAAGAAGAGACUGACAAUGAGUUCGCGCUGUUGGAAAAGGCUGUCGCGAAGCUUGGAGCCAUCGCCGCACUUUCAGCCCAGGAUCCUGCGCAAAAGAUGUGGACUGAGAAUGACAUCAUGGUGCAAAACUGGACGCAGUCCGGCGAACGUCAACCCCUCGGAGCUGCGGCCCUCCCUCCAGAGGGGAACGUUUCUGAACGCGGCUCUGUCGCCAGAUAUCACCGGCAAAGCAGCAUGAUGGAGUUGGGACGAAGGAUGUCCAUGCUUUUGGAGGACAGCAAUGCAAUUGAGACGGUGAAUCAAGAUGUGAGCCAAGAGAUCAUGGACCAAGCAAGGACUCCAGAUUUGGAUGCAUUCAGCUUGAAUGGAGCUCAGCUCAAGGCACUGAGUGUGCGGAUUCUGCGUGAGCACGAGAGUACCAAGGAGUUCGUCCGCCGCUUCGUGAAGCCGGUGGUCCUGGUGCAAUUUGUGAACGUCAUGGAAGCGACGUAUGUGGCUUCCAACCCCUUUCACAACUUUGUGCAUGCCGUGGACGUGCUGUGCUGGCUCUGGAUGCAAAUGGUGCAGACCAAAGCCAAGCGCUUCUUAGUGGAUUCUGAGCAGUUCGCCUUACUGGUGGCAGCCAUAGGACAUGAUCUCGGCCACUUGGGGGUCAACAACAACUUCUUGGUGGCGACGGCUCACGAGUUGGCGGUGAUUUACAAUGACCGGUCUCCCUUGGAGAAUAUGCAUUGUUGGAAGCUCUUCCAGAUCUUAGGGACCUCCGACACGAAUCUCUUGGGUUCGGUGGACAAGGAGACCUACAAACACAUUCGGAAGAAUAUCAUCGAGGCCAUCCUGCAUACCGAUAUCACCAAGCACAAUGAGAUGGUGAAGGACUUGUCCUUGUUCUACCAGAUGAACAAAGAGACCCUCAACAUCGAAGAAUUGUCAGCUGAGGCAGAGGAUGUUUUGAAAAACAACCGACCCCUGAUGAUGAACAGCUUCCUCCACUCAGCAGAUGUCAACAAUCCUUCCAGACCGUGGGAGGUGGCUGAAAAGCUCGCGCAUCUGUGUAUGGACGAGUUCUUCAGCCAGGGAGAUAAGGAAAAGGAGCUGGGAAUCCCGGUCGGCAUGCUGAACGAUCGAGAGAUGGUCAACAGGGCACACUCUCAGAUCGGCUUCAUCGAGUUCAUGAUCGCGCCCUGGGUCGAGGCCUUGGUUCCCAUGUUUCCGGACUUGGAGUUCAUGUCUGACUACACGGCUGAGAACAUCCAGAAAUGGGCGGCAAUUUGGGAACGUGAGGUGAAGCCGCCCAAGGAGCAGGUUGAGAAGGUGCAGCUUCGUGUCCAGAAGGUGGUGGCCAAUCUCAUUCCGCAGAAGAGUGCGCAGCAAGAUGUGAUGAGCCAGGCGCUGAAUGGGCGCUUGCGCUGCAGGAUCGACUGCCUGGAUCCGGGCAUUUUGACCGAGUCCAGCUGUACACAAGGAAAAGAGCCGUCACCCAAGUGGAGUUGCCCUGUGACACCAGUCGCGGGAUUUGAGAUCACCUUGUCCUGCGAUGCCUCCCUUGAUGCGCUCCCGGGCAUCGCUGAUCAUCAACUGAUCGAUGCCUAUGAGGAAUUGGUGGCGAGCGUGACGAAGUUCAUACCUCCAGGGCUGGAGGAUUUGCCCCAACGUUUAAUCCUGUUCAGCGCCUGGUACAUCGCAUCACGAACGCUGUGGAGUGCACUGCGAGGAGAAAAAUGUGCAUGUUACGAGUCGGUGGACAAUCUUUCAGAGGUUCCUCCCAUGAUGCGCUUGCGGAUUUGCGAGAUGGACAUGGCGGCCAUUCACACUGUCAGUCCUUUCCUCUUUGGUCAAGACUCUCCCACCGAUGAGCUCGGCCUCUCCCCGCCGGAGAUCUGGUCGCUCGUGGCCAAACGGGCGAUGUAUUUGGCCGAAAUCACCCAGAGUCAUCCAUUCCAAGGAGAUUCCGAGCUUGAGGCUUCAAUGAUUUCCAUGGCACGCCUGGCGAACGCUGAGUUGGGGACAUCGUGGAUGACAGGACGCCCGCCUCGGAUUGUGCUGCCUCAUUGCAGCGGAGACGAUUAUGCGAAUGCUUUCUGGUGGGAAGGUGUGGCUUCUGCCAGCAGCGAGGGGUGGCUUGAGGAGGUUCUGGGACGAUUGAAGGAAGCGACUCGUGUGGCCGCUGCGCUUCGGCCAGCGCCUUACUACAUGCUCACCGAAGAGACGUGCGACGUCUCUGCAGACAUCCCCUUGUUGCACGACCCAAGCCGCUGUUUGCAAGACAUCGGGGGCUGGGACGUGAUCACCAUGAUCAGCGAUCUGGAGAAUGUCACAUCCAUUGGCUCAGAGCAGGGGCGCAUUGUCGAAAGCCCCGGCAAUGACACCUUUCGUUUGGAGUUUGAUUCAGGCGGCAAGGUCACCAGCAAGAAGUAUGGUAAAGUCAUUUUGAGCCCAAAGCAGGGUGGUGGCAUCACGGUGACACCGAAGAACGCCGACUUGGUGGUGGUCUCCCCGCAGGCGGGGAAUUGCUUCGAUAUGGCUGACAUGAUCCCUCCCGUGCGAGGCAAUGCCUACGUGCUGGUGGUACCGAUCAACCCACUGUAUGCACCGCCUACGAGGAUCAUACCAAACUAUGAAAGAAUCCGUUUCGAGCUCCAUUUCGUGGCGGAAGACAUGACGGACACUCACAAGUUGCAACGCUUGCUAUUCCUGGCACACUGCUCUUUGCAGAGUGCUGUGGACUUGCUCUCGCCACGCUACACUCUGCUCUUCGUGCACGGUGCUCGUGCCAUUUUCGUUGAGAGAUCUUUAGCUCACCAUUUCUGCUCCCUAGAUGAGAGCGGCGAUGCAUGCGCCUCAGUGGAGGAGAUCUGGCACCGCGGCGCUGGGUGUGUGUCCAGUACUCUUCACCUCAUGAAGUCUGGCCUGGACAUCUUAGAGGAGGCCAAGGUCUUGGUAGACGCUGAGUGGCCCUGCAAGGACUACUUGUCCUUGGACCUGCCACAGAUGCCCUUGGAGCAACUGGUGAAGAAGUUGCCUGCCUCCAAGAGGCAUCUCUACGAUGAUCCGAUGUGCCGGACGCAGGGAAGCCUCUCUCGGCACGAGGUCACGGAUCCUGCUUCGUGGCCCCACCUGCCGGGACGUCAGCAUGCGAUCGCGGAUCGCGGGCAUUGUUUGAUCGAAGAGGGCCUUUGUGAGUGCUAUCCACCCUGGCGUGGCGAGCUUUGUGAGCAGUUGGAGCCAGGUGUCGAUACCGAUCGCGCGGAAGGGGUCACUGUUGGCGGCACGGUGAUUGUGACCAUGGCUUCGCGCGCGCGGCUCCAUGAGCUGCACUUCGGGCUCUCGAAUUGGUGGGAGAAGUUCAAUCAUCGCUUUGAUCACCCGGUUCUGGUCUUUCACCAGGGCCUGUCACCUCGUGAGGUGGCGGAGAUCAGGCAGUCGUCUCGGAACCGUGUGUGGUUUGCCAAUGUGGACCGCUUCUUUCGGAAGCCAGAAGCUUUGCCAACGGGACCUGGACGUUUGAUGGAAGCGACCGUCCCCGAGGGCUAUCGGCUCAUGUGUCGUUUCAAGGCCACCUUUGUCCUGGAUCAGCCAGCUUUGCAGGGCUUUGACUGGAUGCUGUGGUUGGAUUCGGAUUCCUAUUUCACUGGUGAUGUGGAAGAGGAUUUUGCUGCCAGAAUGAUUGAGCAGCAGGCGAUCUUCGGUUAUACGCACGUGGGACGAGAGGACGCUCCGGUGAUCAAGAACCUCUUUGACGUCGCCCUACUCUUUGAAGCCGCCGAACUGGGAGGCAGCAAAGAUCGUCCACCGGCCGCCAUGUCCUUGGACGAAGGUGGUGUUUUGAAUCAGGACCGUGCCUUCGAGGAGGGUUUCAGCGAGACGGCGCAGAACACCUACUUCGAGCGGAUCUUGUCGGUGAACUCUCCGCUGGAACGUGGCCACGUGUUGCCUUUCAGCUCGCCGGCCUGGAAGGGACAUGUCCCCUUGACCGACAUGAUGAUCCUGCACAUCUCCAGCUUUCGCACUGAUGCCUUGCGCAGAUUCACUGAUUGGAUCGAUGAGUGGGGCGGCUGGUGGCUCUACCGCUGGGGGGAUGCCGCCAUCCGAGCGGUACAGGUCUGGCUGAUGCUCGAGGCGAGGGAAUGCUAUGAGUUUUCGGACCUGGCUUAUGCGCAUCAGCACUUCUGCCGCUGUGCCCGCGAGAUCGACGCGCCCUGUACCUUCUUGGGCAGAGGAGCCAAGAUCUUUCGAUGGAGUUGCGAGAAAAAGCCGGAAGCCAGGAGUGUAUGGAGACUCUAUGGGAUCUAUGACCUAUGGAUGCCUAUGGGCAUAUAG